AUGAACAAUUUAAUUGAAUGUCCAAUUUGUGGACAAAUGGUUCCCCAAAACCAAAUUGAAGAACAUGCUAAUCUAUGUCUCGAUGCAAUGAAUGAAGGAAGAACUCCUCCAAUAGUUAUAUUACCUGAUGAAAUUGAUAGAAAUAGAAAUCAAAGAAGAGAAAAUUCAAAUAAUUUAAAUUCUAGUUCAUCAACUACUAAUCAAAAGUAUAAUAACUUAGAUGAUUUAUUAAAUUCAAUAACAAGAAAAGAAAAUAAUGAAACAAAAGAUAUACCAGAAGAAAUAGAAAAUAAUAAAAGUAAUUUAAAUGAAGUAAUUGCAUCUCCUCCAAUUGAAGAACAUAUUGUUAGUAUUCAAAAACCAAUUGAUGUAAUAAUUGAUAUUAAUGAAUUAUCAUCAACUGGUAUUUAUCAAAUGAUACAAACAAAACAUUUUACUAAUAAUUCAAAUAAAGGUUUUAAAGGAGAAAUUCAAAUGAAAUUUAAAGAACAACAAAAAUUAAUAGAAUUACCAAUUGAAUUAAAUAAUCCUGUUGAUCCAUUAAUUUAUAUGGCUAAUCAAUCACAAAAAUCAAAAAAAGAUAUUCAUUCAGAAGAUAUUCCAAUUGGUUGGGGAUUAAAAGAAAAUGUUUAUAAAGAAAUAAUGGAUAAAGAUAAAAGAUAUUUUGAUACAAUAAUUUAUUUCCCAAAUGAACCAGGAAAAUAUAUUCGUGCACAUUCAUUUAUUCUUGCAUCACGUUCUCCAUUAUUUCAAAUAGA